AUGCGGGCCGAUCGAGAGCUCCGCCACAGCACCGCGGUCGGUCGCGAGGAGGUCACAUCAUUCAAGGAGGCCUUGAGCCGCCAUCAUGGCUUCGAAAUGGAUGGAUUGGCUCAUGCCUUCUGGCGCCGCCCCCUCCUUCCACUGGUCCUGGGCUCGAAACCCGAAGCCGGCGGCCGCGUUGCCGUCAUUGUGAUCCAGCGUGCCUUUGCCCACGGGCGGUCUUUUCUUGAUCUACCGAAGCUCACCGCAAUGGCUUUGGAUCCACUGGUGGUUUCGGACGAAAUAGCAUGGAGAGUUCUGGACGACCUGGAACAACGGCCCUUGCUGCAGCAGGCUGCACUCUUCCGGAGUGCCAACGUCGUGGUCGGCGCAGUCGGGGCAGCCCUUGCCUGGAUGCUACUUAUGGCACCCGGUGGACAAGUUCUGGAAUGGUUGCCCAGAAAUGUGCAGCCAUCACUGUACCGGUGCAGCGAGGCCUGGAACGAGGACAGCCUGGGCAUGUUCGGGGGCCUGGGCCGGCUGGCAGACGUUGACCACGUAUGCCUGCGAAGCGAAGGGGGGCCACUGCAAGUCCCUGCGGCUCAUCUUCACGGAGGACACGCCAGCGGCUUUCUCCGUGGACUUCGAGGCACUCAGACGUGUCGGCUAUGGUGCAGAAGCAGAAGCGCAAGAAGCGGCUGGACUCAAUUUGUCUUUGACACAUCCGGUUGUUUUUAG